AACAAAGAGUAGUGUGUCUGAUAAAACUCUCACAUGCACCACACACACCUUAAUGGUAAAUAGAGCCAAGCGCUUGCACAUCUGUCGCUUUUCUAUUGUAUUACAGCUCAACUGCACGCAUGGAUGACAUCUAACUCGGGAUGAAACCAAAUAAUUAGAAAGUUAGGCUCCUGCAACGGUAACUGGUGGAUCCAGGUAGGAAGUGACACAUUGGGUCCAUUGAUUCGGAUGAUACCCGCCUACACUGAGACCUGGACCAAUCACUGGCUCUUAAGUACCUCCGUGGGACCUUAAUUGAGACUAAACAGACCUUUUUCGGUACGUGGGAGAAGCGGGGUUACAUUUUAACUGUGCGCCAACAUUUUUAAAUGCUUUGAAUGUGCUUUUAAACGCAAACUAUGGACCGACCCAGCCUUCGGAGACUAUUCUCUGCUUGUGAUGUGGACAAGUCCGGUAAGAUUGAGUACGAGGACUUCAUGGUUGUCUGCCGGGAGCUCAACGUCCCCGAAACCGAGAUCAAAACUCUGUUUCACAAGUUCGACGUGGACGACGACGGAUACAUCGACUACAGCAAGUUUUCGUCCAGGUUCCAGGAGGUUUCACAGUCUAUGGACCUGGCGGCUUUUGGCGCUGGGUCGUCUCAAAACCAAGACUGUCCGUGGGAAGAGUUUGUGGGCAGGUUAGAUGCGGAGUCUCUCUUCUCUGAAAGUCUCAGGGAGCAGCUGGCCGAUCUUUACCAGACCAUUCACUCCUCUGCAAACAUGACUGUGCUGCAGCAGUAUGAGGAAAUCAUCCGCUCUCUGAUCAGUCAAAGUCUGGACAACAGACGAGAAUGUGAACAGCUGGAGACAAGCUUGAAGCGAACUGAGGAGAUGAACAACAGUCAGCUGGCAGAACUGGAGGACGAUAUACAGCAGCAAAUUGCCAGAACAGAGGAGAGAGCGAGAGCUGAGGAGCGCAAGAAAAUGGAGGGGAUUAUGUCUACCAUGCAGAGGAAGCAUGAGAAUGAGGUAGCAGACCUGCAUGCUACUGUGGACAGACUGUUAAAGAGCCAAGAGGACUCUGAAUUCAACCAUUCAAGGGAGGAGUUAGUCAGACUGAACAAACAAACCAGUGAUCUCUCACAGGAAAACGAGCAGCUGCGCGCCUCUUUGCUGCAAGCCCAGACAAACAUCGCCAUCCUGCACUCAGAGCUGGACAAGCUGAAAAACAUGUAUUCAGAUCAGAAAGCUCAACAUGAAAGAGAAAAAGAGGAUUUGAAGGGGAUGGUGAUGGAAUACCAGUCUUACUCCAGUCAGAUCCAGAUUCUCCAGGAAAUGAACAAAAAGCUGUAUGACAGUAACGACGGGCUGCGCUCUGAGUUGGCCAGUGAAGUGGUUGCAGCUAAAAGGAGGCUGUCUCCCCAAAAUGAAAUCCCAGCUCGCAGGAUGAAACCCUUCCGACAAAGCACACUCAAGCACGGCAGGUACCUGGACAGUGGAGUGUCCCUGCAGAUGGACACAGCCGAGAACUCAGGCAGCGAUUACGACAGCGAUGACAGUAGAGGCUCAGUGGAAACGGUUCACUACAGUUACUCGUAUGUCGCGUCUGAUGUUGAGAUAUCAGAAGUCAAAUCUGAGGCUGCAGUGUCAGUGGCUCCUAGCAAAGCAAGUUCCGUUGCAUCGUCCAUACGAAGACGUUUGUCUGCCUUUUCCAUGAAGCCAUUAGAAGCCGACAUAGAAGAAACGGAAGAACCCGCUCCGAUGUACCGCCUCGUUUUAGCUGGAGACGCAGGAGCAGGAAAAUCCAGCUUCCUGCUGAGACUGACGCUCAACGAGUUUAGAGGAGACAUUCAGACAACUCUGGGAGUGGAUUUCCAAAUGAAGAGGAUGCUAGUAGACGGAGAGAAGACGAGCCUGCAGAUAUGGGACACCGCUGGGCAGGAGAGGUUCCGCAGUAUUGCCAGGUCUUAUUUCCGUAAAGCUCACGGAGUCCUGUUACUCUAUGAUGUUACUUCAGAAAGCAGCUUCCUUAACGUCAGAGCAUGGGUGGAUCAGAUUCAGGAUUCAGCGGAGGAGAAAAUCCCCAUGUGUGUUAUUGGAAACAAGGUGGACCUCCGAGAGCAGCUUCCAGAGGGAAGCUGUGUGAGUAGUUUGCAUGGAGAGAAGUUGGCCAAGGCAUACGGUGCCUUGUUCUGCGAGACGAGUGCCAAAGAGGGAACCAACGUCGUCGAGGCUGUGCUUCAUCUAGCGAGAGAAGUAAAGAAAAAUGUCAAACUGAGGCGGCAGUCAGAUUCUGAGGUUAGACUGAGUCAAUCCAACCCGAAGAAGACUCUAAACAGCUGCUGCGGACUGUAGACACUGAUGCACGAAGAUAUGACACUUUUACAGAGCAAUGAAGGACAACAAAGUGAUUUUUAUUUUAUGAUGAAGGACAUUACAUUUGCAAAAACAUUGUCUUACAUGUUUUAAGCUUUGAAAUAUUUAACCCCCAAGCCUUGAAUAUAUUUUCAUAUAUCUCUGAUCAAAAUGAAGGUUUCUAUUGCUGGGAAAUUGCACAAUGUACAAAUAUCAAUGCGUUUAAUGCAGUCAUGCUUAUACUCUUACAUUUUAUAUUUAUUUGGUAGUAAAUGUAAUUUUAUUAAAUAAAUAAAUAAGGCAAAUUGAUGCCUCAAUUCCAGUUAAAUAACAUUUAAUGAAAAACUGAUGGGUUUGAGUUAAUGUAUGUUUUUUUUAAAUGGAGGUCAGACCUGUGACAGAGGAGCAGAAAGGGAAAAAAAAGCAUAUUUUUGAAACAUUUUAUUAAGCAUCAGUGUAAGCAAUAUUACAUUGCAGUUUCAAUACCUCCACUUAUUGAGCACUGAUCAAAUCUUUCAGAGUGUUAUUCAUUUCCUUAAGUUACUCUUUGUAGUUUGGUUUCAGGUUCACUUAUUUUUUUUAUUUGAGUAUCUGUGAUACCAGAAGAUUUUUCCAGGACCCAUUUUUUAUGACAAAAAGAAUGUGAUCCUUUUCCAAAUAAAACACCAAACAGACUCCA